AUGCUAUCGUGCACAACUGUCAUCGUGAUCGACGACAGCGACGACGGCUAUAUCGCAUCCGACAAGUCCGCCUGCCCCAAGGAGAACGUCGACCCGUGGGAUAUCCCAGAUCCAGAGAAAGACCGCCCCUUCAAGAUCCAGUCUCUCGACCCGCGUGGGUCGCAGAAUGCGUGCGAGGAGUGCUACACGCAGAAGGAGGUCCUCUUCCCAUGGAUGACCUGGCAGCAGUUCCUCGACUUGGGCAAGGAAGUGCCUGACUUCCACCAUGUGUGCGAUAAGGCUAUGGAGGUGGCAGCUGGCAAAAGGAAGAGGGAGACGAUGGAGCAGGACAUCAGUAAGGCCGCCCACAUCGGUUGCCGCAUCGAGCAGGAGGCCGAGCUUGCGACCGAACAGGUGAUCAAGAGGCGUUGCAGCGGGGUCACUCCGAAGUGCCUCGGGAUGAACCCCGUGGAGCUCCUGGACAAGAACGGCAUUGAGGUUGCGUCCGGUUACCCUGUGGCCGUCGAGGGGGCGCCGCAGAAGAUCUACUUCUACACCGACAUCGCCGUGAAGAGGGGUAUUCCAGUGAUGGAUUCGCGUGAGAACGUGAACGACGUGCAGAUCGCGCCGAACGUCAAGCGGGCCUUCGACAUCGAUGACUUCGGAGGCGGCAACAUGCGAAUGCCGAGUGGUUUGAAGACGUGGGACCAGCUUGAAAUACGCAGCAGGACCAUCAGGCAGAAGCGCGACGAGCUGACUAAUAAGAGGUCUGCUGAGAAAGGCAAGCCAACUAAAAAAGGUGAUGGUGACGACGCGAGCUUCAUUGACGACGGUUCUGACUAUGAAGGCAUUGAAGGGUCUCCUGGAGCUGCUGCUUCGACCGCGGCUCCGCCGAGCACCCCUGGCUCCCAGCGGGAUUCUUCUCGAUUUGGUGAUCAGCCGAAGUCCGUAUCGAAGGCGUCCGCAUCGGGUUCGAAAGACCGAUUGCCGUCACCAAGUCCUCCUGCCCGUUGGGAUGAACCUGGUGCGAUCAAGGCCAGCGAGAAGGAUGGCACUUUGAAGAAGACGGCUGGAGGCUACUACGUCAAAACCCCGAAGUACUGGAUAAAAGUCCUCGACUUGGCGCAGGGCGCAGGUGGCAACACCAUGUCCAAGGAGGUCGGCCAGGCCAAGCUUUGCCGCACAAGGGAGGGCAAAACCACGGAUGCCGACAGGCUUGAGAAGCACAUCGAUUUGUUCAACGACAGCCUGAAGCUUUCACCAUCGCAAGUCCAUCUCAUGUCCGACGACGCGCUGAGGAUCCUGAUCGAAAAGCUGGAGCAAGUCAGACCGCAACCAGUGUGGCUGCCCGAGACGAAGCAGGGUCUGACAUUGAGGAAGUUCCAGUCUUUGUCUGACCUGACGCUGCGGCUCUCCUCAAACAGCGAUCCCACGUGGACCGAGCUCGUCUGCGUACUCGACCCGAUCGGCAACAACAAGAAACACACCUUCGAUAUGCUCAACCCGUCGUACCACGCGAUCGUGAAGCAAGUUGGGAAGACGGCUUACUACGACUUCGCAAAGGAGGAGUACUUCGGCAAGGUCAUCCUCAAGCUCCUGUGCAUGAACAGCGCUGAGGGGGAUCGUAGGCUCAGGGAGAUGGGCGUCGAAGCGAAGAAGGUGUUCAGUUUGCCAGAGGACUUGCAGCUGGAGGACUGGGUGGUGGACUUCAGUAUCCAGAUGUCUCUUCUUCAUGAGUGUGUGGACUUCCUCGUGGAUCCGUACAUUGUCGGUGCCGAUGUCGAGGACCCGCGGAGCCUUCUUCAACAGAUCCAGUCGUCAGCUGCUAACACUCAGGCCGACGACUUCUUCUCGAUGAUCGCGCCGUCGCUGGCCAAUUGUCAUCGCGUGCAGACCUUGCUUGCAGAAUACGUCAAGCCGAACGCGAAGUACGACGAGUACUACCAGGAGGUGAAGGCCAUGCUGAACAAGAUGGAGCUCGCAGCGAAGAAUGGUGAGCGCGAGACGCCUCCAGUGUUGACGAACGUCUGCGCCAAGCUGUUGGGCUGGGAGCAGUGCAUGCCCAAGGGCUCCUGCAGUCGGGUCAGGGACUUGCUCUGGACGCAGGUGAUGAGCACCUAUCAGGCCCAGGCUGGCCACAGCGAGGAGUCGAGCCCAGAAGAGUCCAGGGAGAUCACAUCGGAUCGCAUGACUACGAUCAUUGAGCUGAAGGAGUUGCUUACAACUGCCAGGGAAGUGUUCGUUGAUAAGGUCGAGCUGAGGGGCUACAUCGAGAAGUUGAACCGCGUUAUCGGCUCAUUCGAUCAGGAAAAGAGGGUAACAGAUAUCAACGACAUGUGCAUCGAGUACCAGACCACGAAGGACAUCAAGACGUUGGUCAGGCUGGCGAACGUGCUGGGCCAGCUCCAGGAAGGGGAGGUCCUUCCCCAGGCAGCCCUCGUCUCCAUCUCGAAUGCGGUCAAUCACGCUUCGCAGCACAUGAUCGAGGUGGCCAAGAGGGACAGCGAGCAGGCCCCAGGAGAGUCUUCAGACACGGAUGGCAAGCACGUCGAUGCGGUCUACCUCAUUACGAGCGCUGUCGGACGGAUGGUACCCUUCCUCAAGGCGAGCACGGAACAGAUCAUGAUCAAGCGUGGCAAGUACGCCGAGGGCAUUGUGGCUACAGCAAAGAACUUCGUCAACAUGACGGAGGUGACCAAGUGCGUGAUGGCGAUGGGCCCAGACGCGGAUGCACGGUCCAAGUCAGAGCAGUGCAUGCCUCGCUUGCUGGAGCUCGGUCGGGCCCUGACCUCCUUCGAGAGUGCGAUCCAGACGUGGAAGGGGGGCGGCGGAGACCCGAACUUCGGUCGCAGCGAGUACGAGCGCUCCGUGCAGACCAAGCAGGAGGUCGCCACGGCGUUCAUCAAGAACCUGAAGGAGAAGAACCUCAAUGCCAUGCAGGACGCGGAGAAGAUCUACGGCAUGAAGGGCUCGACUGUGCCGACUUGGCACGAUGGCCUGAGUGCCGACGUGAAGUGGGCUGAGCUGAUCGAGACGAAGCAGGCUAGCGACUUCCACGCGAAUGUGUGCCUGGACGCACUGAAGGCCAAAUGCGAGGAGGUUUGCCAGGUCUUGCGCCAGCACGACGACUUGUUCGCGUCCGUGAAAAUGCCUGUCGUCAAAUGGGACGAGAUGAUGCAGCUACGAGCGGACCUGAGCGUGCUAUACACGGAGCUCCUCAUCCUGGACAAGGCUGGCAAUUCGAACAUCCAGAAGGCAGAGCUCCGCAGGCACGCCAUGGCCGCCAAAGCGUUCUGUCAGGACAUGGGCGGCGAACAGGCCGCGAAGGCGGUCUUCGCCCCCAUCGCCAUGAAGAUGAAGCUUGCGCUUCAGGGCAAGGCCUAG